AAACUCGAUCUCGGCCGUCCGCGAUCAACAAUCCGUCGCACCUGCCGGUCCGACGCCUCUACUGUCGCUCCUUUCACGAGGCAUCGACCCCAACGACCGAUCGACCUCGCCGCCGGUUCCUCGUUUGCUGUUGUGGUCGAGGACCGUAUCUUCUGCGGUUGGCUUCCUCUUUGUCUGCCUUGGAGGAGACUCCAAGGAGGAUCAUUUCGUUGUUAGGGGAUUUGAGACGCAGUAUCCCGUUCAAGAAGCAUGAAUUACAUCGUUGGAGCUUUCAAGCCACCCUGUACCAUCUCUGUCAUAUUUGCUGAUGGAAAAACACGCAAGCAGGCUUCCAUAAAGAAGGAUAAUGGCCGGACUACAAUGGUCCCAAUUUUUGAGAGUAAAGAAAACAUUGUUGGAGAGGUGAUUAUAGAACCUACACAGGGGAAAAAAGUUGAACACAACGGUAUCAAAAUUGAGCUUCUUGGACAGAUAGAGCUUUAUUUUGACAAGGGCAACUUUUAUGACUUCACCUCGCUAGUACGUGAAUUAGAUAUCCCUGGUGACUUAUAUGAAAGAAAGACAUAUCCAUUUGAGUUUUCUACUGUUGAAAUGCCAUAUGAGUCAUACAGUGGAAUUAAUGUGAGACUCAGGUACAUCUUGAAAGUAACAAUUAGUCGUAAUUACAUCGGCAACAUUGUGGAAUAUCAGGAAUUCUGUGUGCGCAACUUUGCUCCUCUUCCAACAAUCAACAACAGUAUUAAGAUGGAAGUUGGAAUUGAAGAUUGCUUGCACAUUGAGUUCGAGUAUAGUAAAAGCAAAUACCAUCAGAAGGAUGUUAUAAUUGGCAAGAUAUACUUUCUUUUGGUAAGAAUCAAAUUAAAAAAUAUGGAACUUGAGAUAAGACGUCGAGAAUCUACUGGUUCAGGACCUAAUACUUAUGUUGAGACUGAGACACUGGCAAAAUAUGAAUUGAUGGAUGGUGCUCCUGUAAGAGGGGAAUCAAUUCCGGUCAGAUUAUUCUUGAGCCCUUAUGAGUUGACACCUACAUAUCGCAACAUCAACAACAAAUUCAGUGUGAAGUAUUACCUGAACCUAGUUCUCAUGGAUGAAGAGGAUCGGCGCUACUUCAAGCAGCAAGAAAUCACAAUAUAUCGCCUCCUGGAAACUUGUUAGUUUCUGCACUUUGAAGGGAUUCGAAGCCUACGUAACAUCUAAGUGAAUGGAUUAACAGGAUUAUGAGGAAUAUGACCAUAUGCCAAGAGCUUUCCCCAUGCUUAUCAGUAUGAAUUCAGGAGAACUGGUAAUGUUGCAUGUGUAUCAACUAGUUGGUCUCUGUUUGUAGUUGUAUAUUUUCUUGUCAUGUUUCCUGUAGUACACGAUUGAUCUUAUCAUCCUUUUGAAGACACCCAUAUCUCGUAUGAUACAGUGCUCUAGUCGACUCUGGCAUAAAAUUUUAUUUGAUUUUGUCUGACAGAUGUGACUAUAGUAAGAGAAACUGCUGUUAUUCUA